GACACAAAAAAAACAUUAAAUACCUAUGUAGAAAAAUAGUAAAUUAGGGGCAAUUUAUCGUUGCCGUAUAAGUGUACUAGGAUUUAAAUUAUUUAAAUGAGACUUUUAGUGAUAUUCCUCCUGACGUUAGUGUCAGUCUGGGGUUUCCCGGAAAGGAGAGCUGCACAUAACAAAAAUUUAAUUAAACAACCACACGAAGAAAGAAAGAACAAAGUGCGGGAAACGCCUAGAGAUUGCAAAGGGAAAUGUGCGACUAGUAUAGCACAGAAAGCGGCCGCUGAGGCUAAAGCGGCACAGGCGGCGCAAAAUGCCGCCGGUGCUCAGGCCGCUCAUAUGGUUAAAACGCAACUGGCGGAGAAAGCGCUGCAAGCUGCUAAAGCGGCCGAAGCUGCGCUCGCCGGGAAGCAGGCAGUGGUGGAGCAGCUGCAACAAGAGGUGAAGGAGGCCGAGGCCGUGGUGGCGGAGAACACGGCCGCGGUGCACCAGCAGCAGGGCACUGUCAAUGCGGCCGUGCAAGCCGCGCAGCAAGCAACAGCUCAACACAAGCUGAUGUGCCAGGCGACGCAGCUUGCCGCACAGCUUGAAAAGUCCGCCCACAAUGUCCUGGAGAAGACCAAGUUCGGACUGCAGGAGAAAUGCCACAAUCUGUCGGAGGCACGGGCGCGGUUGGCACAUCUGCAGCACAAGUUGCAGUGCGCCUGCGCCGAAUGCUCGGCCACCAAGCAGGCCGCGCAUUCCGCCUGCGAAGCGGCCCGGGCCGCCUGCGGCAAUGCCAGGAAGAAGAAACGCGCAAUCAGUCAGCGUAGGAGAGUACAAAGGAAAAGCAAGCGCGGUCGAUGA